AGAUUGGAAUGUUUUACUGGGGAUAAUAUUAUUUCCAGUAUUUGCGAAUGCUAUGAAAGGUCAUGCUGCAUUUGAUCUGCCAGUGACCGUUUUCUGCUUGUUCAAUACAAAAUGAAUAUUUUGUGUUGGCUUCGAUUUCUAUGCUCGUUCAGUUCUCGAUAAAAUGGAAACACUUCUUAGGACGACUUCCUUUGCACAAAGGAGCUUUGGUUGGGUUGUGUGCGUUGAGUAAAUGAAUGUGAUUGAUCCUCGUUCUUGCCUCGAAACGGACUCUUCUCAGCAUUUUUCUUUCCCGACCACAAGGGUUGGCUGCUGUAGUAGCUCGUAGAAGCUCCCAAUAAAGAGGCCUCGCCCUGCGACAGUGCCAUCUGUUCAGCAACAGUAAACCGCUGAGGUUUUCCAUUGUUUGUGAGUCCAGAGACCGCCGAAGCCAUUGUGACAAUUGAAACGAAUCGAAAUGAUACCAUUUUUUCUUGUUUUGUUGCUUUUCGAUUCAGCUGUAGUUCAGAGUUAUUUGUAUUCUAAUGGUUGCUCGUGAUGAUUUGUGCACAAGAUGGUUUGUCUUCGUGUUUUGUAUGAUCUACGAAAGAACUUCCUUUGCAUCGAAAAGAAGACUGCUAGUCAUAGUCGUAACCAUAAAUAUCGAAUCAGAUGGCCUCGUUCUAAAUUCCUUCGUCCAAGAUGCGAAUUCGCUGACAAUCACACGGUAAAAACAAGACUAAUCUCUACUCGAACGCUAAAAGAUUAAACGAUCCACUGCAUGUUUCAUGACACUUUUUGACAACCCGUGCCAGAGCACCAGAAAGAAUUCAUUCAGCCACGACUGACGUGGUAGCGCGGAUUGGGACGCGCAUUGAUCCAUGCGCGAAACACUCCCUCCACGACUGGAAGUUUGGGGGGUCUGACAUGCGGUCCAAAGAAAAAUGGAAAUGCCAUCACCAUCGAUCUCAAACCCAAACAAAAAAUCCUGCUCAGAAAAUCGAAAAUCAUUGUCAUCUUUGUGUUCGAAUUUGCUUUUCGAUCGGCCAAAUCAAACUCAGCAGAAAAGGGUGCAGAUAUUCAACCGCAUCUACAUUUGGAAACAGAUCCUUUUGUUGAUAACAKAAAUCGAAGUUCCACCAAUUCACUUUCAUCCCACCCACGAGAUUAAUUUAUCGAAUUCUUUGCCAUGGCGAAGAUCAGGAAAGCCAACGAAUCACAGGAAGACGGCAAGCCUCGGAAAAAAUUCAAGAAAGAAUCGCCUCACAAGAAAAAAGAUAGGAAACAAGGCAAAGAACAAGGCAAAGAUGGCAAGACCGACUCGCCCGCUGAAUCUACAGAAAAAUGGAGCAAAAGCAAAAAGAAGAGAAUGAGAAAAAUACUGGGGAAGCUCAAGAAGGAGCAAGCCGAGGGCAAAACCAGCCAAAGUGCACCGAGCGCAACAAGCUCGACCGAUGCGUCUUCGACAAAUUCUCUAGCAGCAUCGGCGACAACAGAGACGGGCACAAAAAAGAAGAAUUCUAUCCAAGAAGCCUUCAAGGCUCGUUUGGCAGGAUCUCGCUUUCGAAUCCUAAACGAAGAAUUGUAUACAACUACGUCCCAAAAAUCCUACGACAAAUUCAAAGAAAAUCCGGAACUCUUUGAGCAGUACCACGAAGGAUUCCGACACCAGGUGGAAUCGUGGCCCGAAAAUCCCGUCGACGUCAUGGUGAGAUCGCUAACAUCAACCUAUCACAAAAAUGCUAAGCAUCAAACAACAGGACCCUGCGUUGUCGCAGAUUUCGGGUGUGGGGAUGCCCAGCUUGCCAAGGAUCUGCUAGCUGUGAAGAAAAAAAUUAAGCAGAAGGGUAAAAAUAUAAGAGAGGAAAACUCGUUUGAGGUCCACUCCUUUGAUCUGGUAUCGCCGAACGAGUUGGUGACGGCGUGCGACAUGGCAGAUGUGCCACUGAAGGACAAGUCGGUCGAUGUGUGUGUGUUUUGUCUGUCCCUCAUGGGGACAAACCUCGCAGAUUUCAUUCGAGAAGCGCACCGCGUCUUGAAAGACAGUGGUCGAGUCAAAAUCGCAGAAGUUCGUUCUAGAAUCGAGUACAGUCAUGGUCGAAAAGGAAAGAAAAACAGUAGCAACAACAAAGAGUCUUCGUCGUCCUCUGGUAACAAAGACGCCGACGUGACUUCCAAAGAGAAAACAGAAGGAACGCUAGAAGAGUUUACGGACGUUCUAAAAAAGCUAGGUUUUCAAUGCGUUCGAACCGAUCGUAGCAAUACAAUGUUCUUGCUUUUAGAUUUGAAAAAGAAUGGGAAGAAACCCGACAAGGAUCUCGAAUUUUCUGCAAAACCGUGUAUUUACAAGAGAAGAUAAAGGUCAAGGAGAAUAUUUUUAAUGAUGCCUUCUUGUAACCCCGACGUCUCUUAAAACAAAUUGUUUCGCAUUGACCACUUCUUCAUUUCAGUGAAAACGUUGGAUCUUGUAUAUUGAGUUAAGCUAAAGGAAUGAUUUAAUUCGUGUGAUUAGUGAUACAGUAUUGUAUGAGGGUUCAGCGUUGGUAGCCAUAAUUAUUGUACAGGGAAGAAAAUUUCGUUGCAGAAUAAGUCGUUUCGAAUGGGUUGUUGUUGUGUUCUUUUGAUAGUAAUAAGGAAAUAGGAAUCGUGAUCAAAUUCUGGUGCGUGAUCGAGAUAAGGAAUGGUGCGUACAGUAGUGGCGUCUUCUCUAUUCAAAACAUCCAUCUUGAUCGUAAUAUAUGUUUGUGUUCCAUGAAGAUUGCUGGGACCGGUCGGCUUCCAAUUCGUCUUCAAUGUGUUCGGUUUCCUCCCAGCACUUUUCUAAAAAGGACCGCGCGGGGGAGGAUACUGCGCUCUCUCGCUUGCUUUCGUCUUUCAUUAGCUUGACAACUAAUUCCGCCGUGGGUCGUCCAAAAAAGACCUGGUGUCCAAUGGGCAACCACGCGAAGCUGAAGUAUUCGUUGACCAGUAUGAGUUGGCCGUCCAUCCAUUGGCUGUCUUUGUAUCCCUCCGAUGCUACCUGUCCCUGCCCACCAAAUCGCUGAAGGUAUUUGCAUCCCCAUUGUUUCGCGGCGGAUUCUCCCAGUUCGAUUGGAGUCAAAUCUUGGUUUUGGGAUUGUUGAUUAUGCAGCAAGGGUUCGCUGCCCGUUUGUCUGUUGUGAUUGUUUCUUCUAUUAGAAAGGGUAGACUCAGUAGGAAAUUGUGGUGCAAGGUCGACCCGAAAGGUCUCGGCACCUCGUGGAACGUGUUUGGCUCCCGAGGUAACCUUGUGCGCAACGAGGGUAUCUCCGUGGUAGGUAACAUUGAUCAUUUCAUAUCCUUGCUCCUCGCCGUAUUUUCCAACCCAGAGGCCCUCCAAUUGAAAUUGGGGUAGGGAAGAUCGAGCGUCCAUUGCCUUUUCGUGGAAUCGCUGGGCGGCGAUUACGUCACCUGCCUGCAAGGCUAGUUCCUGCCGUUCCAGGGAAACCGUGUAGACAAACUCGGCAUCGACUUGUUGGGUCUUCAUGAUGGCUCGCUCCAGGUCGUCGACUCGUCCGAUGUCCCCGCUUCGUCGUGCUUCCUGCAAUUCGAGGCGCAUGGCCAACACCUGGUGCCGCAGUCGGUGCAAGUCGUCGCCCGUGACAAACUUCGUAGAAUCGCUGCUUCGUUCGUUUCUGACGCGGUUGUGGUGGUCCUUGCCGUUUCCCGAAUCUUCGCCACCGCUACCAUCCCGUCGCUCCGAUCGAAAAUCGUCAAAGAAAUUCCCCCCCGCUGCAAUCAACUCGAGGUGUGUCG